AUGAUGCUGUCUACUUCCAACAUCGCCGCUGUGCUGGCUUUCUCCGGUGCCACCUCGGCCCACAUGAUCAUGGCCAACCCCAAGCCAUACGGCGCGUCCUCAAUAGACAACUCUCCCCUCACGGCCAGCAACUACCCUUGCAAGCUCAGCGGAGACCCUGCCACCUUCUACUCGACCGAUGGCCUGUCCAACACGGCCACCGCAGGGGACUCAGUCAAGAUGUCCUUCACUGGCUCUGCCGUCCACGGCGGUGGCUCCUGCCAGGUCGCCCUGUCGACCGACAUGCAGCCCUCUGCCUCGACCCGCUGGUCUGUCAUCCUGUCCAUCGAGGGAGGUUGCCCUUCCAAGGACGGUUCCGGCCCCAGUGAAUACGACGUCAAGAUCCCCGCCGACAUCCCCGCCGGAGACUACUCUUACGCCUGGACAUGGACCAGCAAGCUCAGCGGCCAGCCAGAGUACUACAUGAACUGCGCCCCGCUCACCAUCCAGGGCGGCUCUGGCUCCAAGAGGCGGGCAAUGAACAUCCACCAGCGCGCCGAUGCCCUUGACGCCUACCCUCCCCUGGCUGUCUACAACCUGGCCGACAUCAACAGCUGCAAAUCUGUCCUGUCUUCCUCGCCACAGUACCCCGCCCCCGGCGACAACGUCGAGAAGCUCGCCGCCUCCGACCCGAACCUUGCUGACAUCACUGGAGACAACUGCUUCGCCAAGGGUGUCACCUUCGACGGCAGCUCAAGCAGCGGCGGCUCCUCUGACAGCGGCAGCGGAAGCGGCAGCUCUGGAUCUGGAUCUGGAUCUGGAUCUGGAUCUGGCUCUGGCUCAGGCUCGGCGUCGACACCCGCAGCAGCCCCAUCUGCAACCGGAUCGCCUUCCGGCUUUGCAACUUCUGUGGCCCCAGCCGCCACCAGCGCCGCAGCAGCGGCCCCUGCCACUCCCACCGGCUCUGGCAGCAGCUCGGGCUCUGGUAGCAGCUCUGGAUCGGGCUCGUCCUCUUCUGGCGGUGGAUCUUGCACCGAGGGCGAGUCAGAGUGUGCCGCUGACGGCACUUCAUACAAGACUUGUGUUGCAGGAGGAGAAUGGAGCGCCUCGAUGUCUGUCGCAGCUGGCACAAAGUGCACACCGGGCGCUUCGUCGUCGCUCGCUAUCGUCGCCGCUUCCAAGAAGCGCGGAUUGCCCCUUCUUCGUUUCUUCUAA